AUGCGUGCUAUGCGAUUGGCGUGCUCGAUCUUGUGGCUAUAUGCCUUCAACUACAAUGGGGCCUACGCACAUUCUAUUCAGCCACUAGACCAGCCGAUCAAGGCAAUGUCGAGUGGUGAAUUCGGCUUGCCGCAAGGACUCCACGUACAUCUGCAUAGCUAUCUCCCAGUGCAUGGGCGUGAAGGAGAAAAUAUCGUGCGGGGCACCUACAACACAGACUUAGAUGUCUCAAUUACAGAAUUCGAAAAUCACAUCGAUCGUCGAGGACUAUGGUCAUUCGUCUGGGCAGCCACCAAGGUUUUCAUCAACCCGAUGUCUUGGACAGCUGGUAUUCAACUCGCUGACCUGGCUUGUCAAGCCAUUGGGUGGUGGAGUAGUGCUCCCUCGUGGGUGACAUAUACCUGCAAUUCGUUUGGAAUCAUCUCGACCAUGUUCUCUGUCUGGGACGGCCGUGCCGAUCUUGCCACUGCAUGGAAAGAUUGGAAAAACGAAGGCUCUUAUCAGGGCAACCUGGAAAGCCUGCAGUUAUUGCCCUUCUAUGAUGACUAUGGCAACGUCGUGAACAAUGUUGGUCGCGGACUACCCGUCGUUGAACGCGGCUAUGAAUCUGGCUACUACAAUUGGGCCGUUCUUCAUCCUCACCUGGCAAGAAAGACGAUCAGAAGUCUCACCUAUGGGAAUGAGAGCAUCAUGCAUGAUGUGGGUCGCAACUAUACAAUCAUCACGAUGGCCCACGUGCUCAACAGUACCGAUUCGAACCCUAUCCUCGUGCAGCGCUCCAUAAAUGGAACUUUGCUCGGUGCACCUGUUUCUAUGUUCUUUGUGAAUGGCACCGGGAGUUCAGCGGGUCUCGGUUCUCUCCAUACCUUUGGUGGAGCUAAGAAGUCUCACAAGCGUGAUGACGGGAACUGUGACGGAUUUGGUAAUGACAGUGGUAACAUCUAUACCGACAACACGGUAGUAUGUGGAGGAGAUGGCACCGACUCAGAGGAUGGUAUUACCGGCGUGUACUACGGGAUGGAUUUCUACGGAACAGAGUCCGAAUGGGAGGAGUACGAUGCCGACGUCGGAGGUCAAUACCCUGAUACCAACGGUGCUUGGCAUCUCGCCAGUGAGCUAUCUAGCGACACACAGAACAGCCAGUGGUGGCGCACUUGUCUGUGCGACCAAGAGAGCGGGACCUACUCAUGGACGGGAGCGCUUCAAUACACCUGGAAUGGAGGAUUCAAUGGUUACAGCGACUGCUAUGCUGGCACUUGCGGAGGGGCCACUUAG